AUGGAAGAAUAUAUUAAUAUUGACGAUGAAUUAAUUGUUGAAGAAGAAUUAUUAUUAGAAGAAAUUGUUAAAAUUGUUAGAGGUCAAGCUGUAGCGGAAGAGGUUAAGGUAAAAGAAGAUAAAAUUAUAACCUCAUCAGAUGCAUUAAAUAGCAUUGAAAAAUCAAUUAAGUAUGUUCAACAAAAUGAUUUAGCAGAGGCAAAGUAG